AUGAAUAACCAAGAAGUUACCUAUGCAGAACUCAAUCAGAUUAAGGGCUCAAAGAGACAUCAAAUGAAAGCUAAGGGCACUAAAAGUUCCAUUUCAGUAACUGAACAGGAAAUAGGAAGCUCAUUGCUGGGAAUCAUCUGCCUUGUCUUGAUGUCCACUGUGGUCACAAUAGCUGUUAUUCCCUUUACUGAAGGACUGGAGCAGAACCAAACGUCCCUGGAAACAAGGAUCCCAAAAGUUUAUCACUGUGGCCAUUGUCCAAAAGAGUGGUUUACAUACUCCAACAAUUGCUAUAACAUUAACACUGAAAGAAAAUCAUGGAAUGAGAGUUUGACGUCCUGUGCUUCUAACAACUCUAACCGGCUCUACGUAGAUAAAGAGGACAUGGUAAGAUUUCAAAUGUUUCCAGUCCUUGUCAUAUUUUGGAUAUGA